AUGAAUAAUAAUAAUAGUAGUAGUAGUAACAACAGGCUACUGAUAUUGAUGAUAGUUACACUACUCUGUUGUCAUUAUCAUAUUUCACUAUCAAAUGCACAACAAACUAUUCCAGAUGAUGAACGUAUACAAUAUGGAAUGACAGUACCACAGAAUCAGUCUCUAUGUCUGGACCAGGGAUCAAAUAAAGAUAACUUUUUUUGUUCAAACAAGACAUUAGAUGGACAAUAUCGUAUUGUUGAAAUUAGACCUGGGGUUACCAAUCAAUCAAUCAAUAUCCUAGAGUUGCUCAAAUCCUCCAAAAGUUUGGAUGUCAUUGACUUGCGCAAUGAUCGAUCAAUCACCUGGAUUCCAAACGAUUUUAAUAACUUUCCAAAUCUUUCUAAUGUGAUGUUUAUCCUUGUCCAACCAUUAAUUGUACCUCUAUCCUUUCUAAACAACUCUAUCAACCUUAAAUUAAUAGAUUUUGUAUUUCCAGUUUCAUCUAUUUCAAUUGACGAUUCCCUCUACUUUCCCUCACUCCAACGUUAUUCUUUUGAUUCCGCUUGUACCUAUGGAUCGCAUCAUAUCAAUGUAACCUCUAAAUCAUUUCCAAAACUUAAAUAUUUUAAUUCAUUUUACAAAGAUUGUUCAAAACCAUACCCAAUUAUAAGUUCAGGAAAUUAUAAUUCAACAAACAACAAGUAUGUUCAAUUGAAUGGUGAUUUUGGUCCAUCAUCCAACCGCCAAAAUCUAUCGAUCAUGAUUAAUAGUACAAUCAAGUGUGUUGUUGGAUCAGUAUCUCAAUUCCAGAUCAAUUGCACACUUGAUCAACAGCCAUUAUUUGGAUUGGCAUCAGUUCAACUUCAAUUUAAUGAUUUAAAUACAUUGGCAAGAGAUUUAUUAAAUCUUCAAUCACAACAACCAUCACAACCAUCAUCAAAAUCAGAAUGUGAAACUAUUACAUUUAAAUACAUCAAUACAACAGUCGCACCAAAUACAACAGAUCCAACAGUAUCAUUUGAUUUUGAUGGAGUCGAUUUUCUAUUUGAAAUUGUAUCGGUUCAGGAAUUGGAUUUGGAUGGUAAUAUUGUCAAAGAAAUAUUUAUUUCCAAUUACACUUGGAAUGUAAAUGCAUCCACUAUCAAUAAUCACACAACCAAUAUCAACUACCAAUUGAAUACUUCAUCAUCGCUCAGCAAUAAUUCAUACCAACCAGCUCAAGUACAAUCAACGAUAUCAUUCUCGACACAACCAAGAACGGUUGAAUUUGGAGGCAAACAAUUAUUGAUGAAUGCCAACUCUAUCAAACUAGAGGUCAAUAUCAGCAAGUGGCAGUAUUCAUCAAAUCUGGCAACACUUCGAGUUGUAUUUAAAACAUUGAUCAACAACAACCAAUCGAUUGAAUAUGAUUGUAUCAACAAGGAUAUUGAAUCAUUCAGUUAUGAUUCAUUGUCAUCGUUGCAAUAUCUCAGAGUGGUCAAAGAUGGUAUCCAAUUCAACGGUCGAUUCAUUGAUGUUGCAAUGUCUGAUGGAAGACCAACCUACUCACCAACUCAACUCAUAUCAUCGACUAGAAUCAAUGACCAACAAUCGAUUGUAAUGAUUGGAAUUGUAUUUCCCCAAUGCCAAUCAUGUAUACUCGACCCAGAUUUCAGUGCAUUAAUUGUGGAUACCAGCAACAAUAGUCAUCACACAUGUGACAAUGAUGAUCCUAACAACCAAUGGAAGAUGAUUACUGGAAUAGUGGUUGGAGUAGUUGGAGCUGUGGCUCUAUCAAUCGUUACCCUUUAUGGUAUCAAGAGAUUUAAAAGAUACUUGGUACUACGUCGUAAAUCAAUCGCCAUGUCAAAAAUAGACAAAUAA